AUGGAGGACUUGCUGGACCUAGGCGAGGAGCGGCGUCGCGGCCCGGCCACCUCCGGGGCCAAGAUGGGGCGCCGAGCUCAACAGGAGUCUGCCCAAGCCGAGAAUCAUCUCAGUGGCAAGAAUUCUUCUUCAACUCUGACUGCAGAGGUUCCCCCUCCCAAGCCACCCCGCCGGCAAGGACGCUGGGCAGAGGACUCCGUGAAGGUUUCCAAGUCACGGAGGAGGGCUUCUGAGGAAAUAGAAGACCACCGCCUCAGACAGCAGAGCCUGGAUACAUCAGAUGACGGAGGAGAUAUCCCUGUUAUUCCGGACCUGGAGGAAGUACAGGAGGAAGACUUCGUCUUGCAGGUGGCAGCCCCUCCCAGCAUCCAGGUCAACCGAGUGAUGACCUACCGUGACCUGGACAAUGACCUCAUGAAGUACUCAGCCUUUCAGACCUUGGAUGGAGAGAUUGACCUGAAGCUCCUCACCAAAGUCCUGGCGCCAGAGCACGAGGUUCGAGAGGACGACGUCAGCUGGGACUGGGACCGUCUGUACACAGAGGUGUCCUCCGAGCUCCUCAGUGAGUGGGACACGCUGCAGACAGACAAGGAAGGCCCCGUGGGGCAGCCCGCACACACCUGAGCCGUGGAGUUGCUUUCCCUGCACGCCCACACCUCCACUCUGGACUUGAGGAAAAGGCCAUAAACCUAAAGAAGCUCUCAAGAGGCUCGGGAUUUUUAUAU